CCAAACCGAACGGACGUGUUCUCUUAUUGACAAACAAAAUUAAAAAGAUCAGAGUUACAAAUUAUUUAAAAGAAAUUCCCAAACAAAGCGUUAUAUUUACGGGUUAUUUUCAUUAACAAAUUCAAUUCAAAAGAGGAAUAUUUAAAACAAAUCCAAAAAAAAAUUAUAAAAAAGAAAAUUCUUAACAAAUUUUCCUUAAGAAAAGAAAAUUAUUUAAAAUCUUUUACAAAUUAAACAAGUGCCUAGUUACAAAUCUCUUUCUUUAAAUAAAUGUGUGAAUAAUAAAGUGUUUUUAUAAAUUAUUUAAUACAAAAUAAAGGAUAUUGUUUAAAAAUUUUAAGAAAAAUUGUUUUAAAAUUAUUUAUCUAACAACAUGAAUCAUUUAUCACCACCACCCUCACCUCAAUCUAAACCUACACCUUUGAAUAAUUUCAAUAAUCCUGCUUUGGAUAUGAAUUUGGCGAAUUCCAAAAAUUGGAUACAAAGAGCUUCGGCUUUUAAUAACGUAAUGGCAAAUGCUGCAGCUCAAAAGUUGAAUACCAGAGAUUUACCACCCUUUCUCUACAAUCCCCUGCUGUACUCCAGCGCCCUAUUAUGGCCACAAUUCUUACUCUCCUCAGCUUCCGCCUUGGGAUCGCCACACACCCCCAUAACGCCCAAAUCUCCUUUAACCAUUGCCAAUAACAGAGAUUAUGCCUUAACACCCGAAAAAGAGGAUAUAUCUGCAUCCUCACAAGAUGAGUGCCUUAAUGAAGAUAUGCCGCUAAAUCUAUCCAUUAAACGUUCACCACAAAAUGAAGAAAACUCUAUGGAAUCAGGCACUCCUCCGCCCUUAAGAGCGGUAAAUCUCAAAUCCUCACCACGUACACCAGAAGCUGAAGGAGGCGAUGAAGAGGAGGAAGAUUAUGAGCCGGCUGCCAAAAGAAGAUCACAGGGUUCACAUAUCUGGUCACCAGCCAGUAUGUGUGAGAAAUCCUUGAGAUAUCAACAGCAAACGGAAGAGCAGGGGGAUAUGGAUCCCAUAGUGCGUAAAUUUAAAUAUGAAAGAAGAAAUUCCUAUUCCCGGCAACAACAACAUCACCACCAACAACUACAAGAUGCCAAUCUACUAACACCCUUAUCCUCUAUAUCGGGUCCUGCCACAUUUCCACGCACUUCCUCUAAAUCGAAUCCUGAAAUCGAAUUGGCUCAACAACAAAUCUAUGCCCAUCGUAAUGCCUUUAUGGCCGGUUUAGCGGGUAAUAAUUUGGAAUUGCUGACUCAACAUUUAAAGGCUCAAACACAACGAGAAUUGGAAUUGUUAAGACAACAAAGAGUGGAUCUGUUUGUUCAACAAUCAAAUAGUGAUAAUGAUAGUAACGGUGGUGAUUUACCUUUAAGUGAAGAUUUUCAAGAUUCAAAAUAUCAUCAACAGCAACAACAACAACAUUUCAUUUCCCAACAUCAUCAGCAACAACAGCAGCAGCAGCAACAACAUCCCGAUUCUACUGCCUUGAUUGGUAGUUUAACAGAUGUGCGCAUGUCUUCAAGUUCGUAUCAGGAUAGUGAUGGUGGUGGCAGUGGUGGAGCUAUUUCACAUAAUGGUGAAAAAAGAACGGCUAGAAAUUUUCAGUGCAAACAAUGUGGUAAAUCUUUUAAACGUUCAUCUACCCUAUCGACACAUUUACUGAUACAUAGCGAUACCCGUCCCUAUCCCUGUCAAUAUUGUGGCAAACGUUUUCAUCAGAAAUCGGAUAUGAAAAAACAUACUUAUAUACAUACUGGUGAAAAACCCCAUAAAUGUACCGUGUGCCUUAAAGCCUUCAGCCAGAGUUCAAAUUUGAUUACCCAUAUGCGCAAGCAUACUGGCUAUAAACCCUUCGGUUGUGGUCUCUGUGAUCAGGCUUUCCAACGCAAAGUUGAUUUAAGAAGACAUCGUGAAAGUCGUCAUGAGGAACACUCACUCUCGACUAGUGCCAGUAAUAAUACCAAUAAUCCCUUAGUAAAAAUGGAAGUCAGCAGUAGUUGUUGAAAUGCUCUCUCCCACCCCCCAAAAAAAAACUCCAAAAUCUCCUGUAAAUUUUAUAUAAAAUCCAAACAUUUGUUGGAUUUUUUUUUUAAGAAAAAAGAAUUUGUUAAAAAAAGCUAAGUCUUAAUUAAAGCCAAAGUUUUUGAACCCAUUUCUUUAAACUAUAAACAAGGCUUUUUUAAUGUUAAACUAAAUUUAUAAAAAAACAACUUAAACAA